AUGUCAUUCUUUUCUCCAGCAUACAGAGAAGAAGAUACAGGGUGUUUCAUGGAUAAACAAAAUGAUGGCAAUAUAUCUUAUUUUAUGAUCCAAGGUUUUUCUGAUUUCGAUCAAAUGCAGAUUCCUAUCUUUACGGUGCUACUGAUGGUUUAUUUCAUUAUUUUGAUGAGUAAUUUGACCGUUUUAGUUGUGAUUUUAGUGGAUUCUCACCUGCAUACCCCAAUGUAUAUGUUUCUUAUCAACCUUUCAUUCCUUGACAUCUCAUUUACAUCAAAUAUUGUACCUCAUCUGUUAUAUUCUCUCAUCACCCAGCAGUGGUAUAUCUCGUUUAUGGACUGCAUGAUUCAGAUGUACUUUCUUCUCUCAUUUUUUUGCACUGAUUUCAUUCUGUUAGCAUCAAUGGCAUAUGACAGAUAUGUUGCAGUCUGUCACCCCCUUCUGUAUGUAUUUCAUAUGAGCCAAAAACGCUGCACUUUCUUUGUAUCUGCAGCUUGGAUCAUUGGCUUUUUGGACCCUACAUCAUAUGUUGUCCUUAUAUCUAAAUUUUCCUUCUGCACCUCCAACAUCAUUGACCAUUUUUUCUGUGAUCUUGCCCCGCUCCUAAAACUUUCUUGUAGUGAUACUUUCCAAAUUGAGGUAUUAAACUAUGUUGAAAGUGCACUAGUGACAUUGAACUCAUUUGUACUAACUGUUAUCUCAUAUAUCUUUAUUAUCUCUGCUAUCCUGAAUAUUAAAUCCGCUGAAGGUCGGCAUAAAGCCUUUUCCACCUGCACCUCCCACCUCACCUGUGUUAUCAUAUUCUAUUCUACAAUUAUUUCUUUAUAUAUCAGGCCAAUAUCAACAUAUGCUCCUAAACAGGACCAAUUUUUUGCUCUUUUGUACAUUGUACUAAUCCCUUUACUAAAUCCUUUUAUUUACACAUUAAAGAACAAAGAAUUUCAGGCAGCUGUGAGGAAACUUAGAAGAAGCAGGUUGUCUUUUUACCGUUGA